GACAUCCUUAGCAAAAGUACGAUAACGCUAACUUUUACGGUACUCACUCCCGGCCGUGACAAAAAACGUUAUCGGAUAACGGAAAAACGUUACAGAGCCCAAAAUAACGGGCCGACGUUCGUUAUGGUAAUCCUGCACAAACCGCAAAAAAUUACCUGGAUGCCACAUGUUUUUUCAGCUGGCGGGAGAUAUAAACACGUGCAGAUGCGGGAUCGAUUCCUCUUUGACUUUAGUUUGAAUUGUUGUUUUGUACCAGUUCUCUUUCACCAUGUCUACGUCCUCUUGUUCGUCACCCUCUGGCCCAUCUGGGAAACAGAGGACUCGAUUCUCGGCUGAGGACGAAAUUCUCCUCUUCCGAGAAGUGCUCUCACAGGAGAGUCCAUUUAGCCGUGGUUCCUGCGUCUGGGAAAAAGUCUCUAAAAACCUCAGGACGAACGAGAAAUCGUUUUCGCCACGUCUCUGUCGUGAUCGAAUCAAAGACUUGAUCAAAGAGUUCAUCAGGAACGACAACAAGGAGAGGGUGAAAACUGGCGUGGAGGAGGAGUAUUCAGAGCGCGCUCAGCUCUUGUCUGAGCUGAGAGAGUUGUACCAGGGGGAAGAAGACAAGAAGGAGGAAACGGCUAAAGCAAAGAAACGAAAAGACGCAGACACGACAAUGGCGAAGGACAUGCGUGAGGCGUGCAUGGAGACGUACGCGCAAAGCAAGAAAAGAGUUACUCAGGACGGCGAGGAGGAGAAUGAGGAGAAGAAACCAACGAAACGGAGAAGGAUGGAUGUGGCGGAAGAAGUGAGGAAGAGAACUGCCCUGAAGGAGCGAGAGCUGAAUUUGAGGGAGAAGGAGUAUAACCUGGCAAAAGAAAAACAAGAUGUUGAGCUGGAAGAGAGAAGAAUGUUCAUGCGAUUUAUGAUGGAAAAAGAAAGGAACAACCAAUAA